UUCUCUUUACUAAAAUUAGCCUUUUUUUUAAAAAAUUGAGCUCUAGAGCUGUAUUUCAACCAUAUCCCGCACGAACAAGGUUAUUCUAAUUAUUCAUAAUUCCAGAAAUUGUAUACACAGUGUAUGUUGAUGGCACAGGCAACCUCCCUGAGGGGACAGCUCUUGUGUUGUGGCUCCUUUAAGACGCACGAGCGCAGUACGCGUUUCCACGGCGACAAAUAAUGACAAACUCUGGGCUUCGCCUGUUUGCUUUGGCACCUGGACUAUUUAAACUUGCAGAUUAACAACAUAACUCAACUACAGUUCUUUAAUCCACACCAUUAUGAUUUCUGAGGUGAGCUGACAGGCGUAUUGCGACCGAAGGACAUCUUGCAAAAUUCAACCAGGAAAAACAGGCAUCUUGUCGGUUUGAGAAGAUUCAAAAGUUUCUGGGGAAAUUACAAACUUUGCUGAGACCAGUUUUACCUGACGCUGAGUAAUUGCUAUUUGUAAAUGGUUAUGAUUUACAAAGGGACGAGCCCUUGAAAAUGAACAAGAAACAUGAAUCAACGAGCGUCUCUGAAGUCGAAGGACACAUAUCACAGAAGUAUGAGAUCAGAAAGAGACUCGGCAAAGGGGCUUAUGGCAUUGUGUGGAAGGCAGUGGACAGGCAGACCGGUGAGGUGGUGGCUGUUAAGAAGAUCUUUGAUGCCUUCAGAAAUAGGACAGACGCUCAGCGCACAUUCAGGGAAAUCAUGUUCCUUCAGGAGUUUGGAGAUCAUCCAAACAUCAUCAAACUUCUGAAUGUCAUCAGAGCCCACAAUGACAAAGACAUUUAUCUCAUAUUUGAGUAUAUGGAUACUGACCUUCAUGCAGUAAUAAAGAAAGGCACCCUUUUGAAAGAUGUUCAUAAGCGUUAUGUAAUGUACCAGCUCCUCAAAGCCAUCAAAUUCUUGCACUCAGGAAAUGUUAUUCACAGAGAUCAAAAGCCUUCUAAUGUGCUGCUAGACACUGACUGUAUAGUUAAGUUGUGUGACUUUGGCCUGGCCCGAUCACUCAAUCAAAUCCAGGAGGACACUGGGAAUCCAGCGCUAACAGAGUAUGUUGCCACAAGAUGGUACCGAGCUCCAGAAAUCCUUCUUGGGUCCACAAGAUACACGAAAGGUGUGGACAUGUGGAGCCUUGGCUGUAUUCUAGGGGAGAUGCUUUUGGGGAAAGCACUGUUUCCUGGGACUUCAACAAUGAAUCAGAUAGAAAAGAUCAUGAGUGCCAUACCACACCCCACUCCUGAAGAUAUUCUUGCAAUCAAGUCUGAAUAUGGUUCCUCUGUGAUACAGCACCACAAGUGCCUUUGGAGGACCUUCUCCAGCCCUCUGUCCCUACUGAUGCCCUCCACCUACUCAAGGGGCUGCUGGUUUUUAAUCCGGACAAGAGGCUGACUGCUGAACAAGCCCUUGAGCACCCCUAUGUUGCUAAGUUUCACAAUCCAGCCCGAGAACCUUCCCUCAACUAUGAUGUUAUUCUUCCAGUUGAUGAUGAUGUUAGGCUAUCUGUCGUUCAAUAUCGUAACAAGCUCUAUGAG